AAUAAAAUGCCCUUGCUGUAACUACUGAGGACGAAUUAGAGCGGCUGCGUGUCUGCAUGCUUUUUUGCAGCCAGAACCCAAACCUUGACAACUUCACAUCAAGGAUGGAUUUGUAAGAGGCCUUGUUCUUGAGCCUACAAAUACUUUAUGCAGCCGCAUAGAUUGCAUGCACGCAAGGGCGUCGCCUCGAAUAUAUGUUUGGACGCCGCGCCUUGCAUUUCUGCAGUUCCUGAACCAACUGGAUGAUGCGGACGCUCGGCAGGUGAUCCUGAACGAACGAAGUAAGGGUGGACCGUAAGGAUCGGCAAAAUGUACUCCGCGCUCGGCGGGCUCCAGCGGCAAGCACAGCACCGGCUGCUGGUGGAGGUUGUACUAACAGAGGAUGAUGCAGCCGGUCCUGACACAAAGCAGGAGAUGGCGGAGGGCUGUGAAGACUCGGACGGUCUCGGCACGCAGCGGAGCUCGUGCCCCUCCCGCGACCGGGCCCGCGCCUCGCUGCGCCGCCUGCGCCCCACAGCCUGGCGAUGCACACAGCCUGACGCCCAUGCUGCUGCCAUCAAUGAGUCUGAGGGCUCAGAGCCCUUAAGCCAGCUGCUGCAGGCUGUUGCAACAACCGGCAAGCGCCUGCCCUGGGCGCACCUGGCCGCACGCGAGGAGGCAGCAGCGGUCGGGAUGGGGGUCAGCACGAGUGGGCGGGGUGCAGACGGAGACCAGACGGAGGCGGACACGAGGCAGGGCAAGCAGCAGCAGUCGGCGGCUCAGGACUGGUCGUGGCUGGCCUCUCCACCCUGGGGUGUGGUCCCGCUGCCGCCGGAGCUGGCGUGCCGGGUCGGCCCAGAUGCGCGGCUGCGGCCCGGCACAUGCGGUGCCGCCGAGGCCAUUGCAACACACGCUGAGUCAGUCACCUCAGCCUGUCCUCCGCAUGCGCACUCGGACCCGCACUGCGCUCAGCUGCACACACAGCUGCACCGCAUGACGGCGGCCGUGCAGCAGGUGCUGGCGGUGGCGGCGGCCGCAAACCUGGCAGCAGAUGCAGCAGAUGCCCAGGCAGCUUCUUUGAAUGCCUCAUCGCCAGCGCUUGAAUCUCAGCCUCUGCCAACGAUGCGCGGCGAACGAUGGAGGCUGCAUAUCCCGACCUGGCAGGAGGGGAUCUCGCAGGCCGGCGGCCCCAUCGCCUUGGCACAGGUCUCAUCCAGUGUGCACACCAGGGCUGCAACGUACACGGAGGGUUUCGCGGGCGGCCCAGGCAAGCCGCUGGUACUGGGCAAAUCGCCCGUCUCUACGCAGCCCGCCAUCAACCGGAAAGCCGUGGCCUUGCUGUGCAAAGCCUCACUGGCCUGCCAGGAGGACUUGGAGAUGCGAUUGUCAGCGUGCGAGAGGCUGCGGCCGCUUCUGCUUGCGGGCCGCGGCAGGCAGCAGCAGCAGCCCGGCCGGGGGCAGCAGGACCGGCAGCAGCACAUGAUAAUGGCGGCGUGGCGCGGCGGUCGGCGGCAGGUGCAGGAACUGCUGGCAUGCCUCAUUGACCCGGCGUCGCGGGAGCCGUUGCAGGCGGCCCCGGCGGCGGCAGCAGGCCCGCGGCGGCGCGGCAGCAGCGCCUGGCGGCGGCUGGAGGACGCCGUGGUGAACCACUGGGCUCCUGACAAACGCAAGAUGCUGUGGGCAUGGCUCCUGGAGAUGGCUGCGGAGGCGGAGGAGGCAGAGGCGGAGGCGGAGGCGGAGAGGACGGCUGCCGCCGAUGCGAGCCGCGGCCUGUGGCCUGCCGGCGUCUCGAUGGUAGAGGACGCGGACGUUAUCAGCGCCUGGGGCACGGCUGCGACCGAGGUCUUGAGAGGGGCUGUUUGCUUCCUGGCGAUGUACGGAGUACUGAACGACGCUAUUCCUGCGGAGCCUGUUGCACCCAGCAGCAGCACGGGCGGCGGCGGUGCAGCAGGCUCGGCGGCGGCCAGCACCAGUGGAGCUGGCGGAGACAGUGGAGGCACCGAAGGCGGCCUGGAUGCCCCCCUGGAGCCGCUGAUGACCGGUGGUUGCAACGAGCAGCUGCUGGAGCGUGUGAUGGACCAGGCGCGUGGCUUUGACCCGCUUGUCAUGGCCGUGGCCUUCCCCACGUUCCUGCUGGCGAGGGCGCUCAAGCCGGAUCGGCACGUGCAUCCGCUGUACAUGCACGAUACGCUACUGCUCGGCCAACUGCCCGACCUCCCGGACCUGCAUUGGCCAGCCGCCGGGCCCGCCGCCAAACGCUCGCCCGCCGUGCGCCGCCGCCGGGACGGCGGCCCGCCGCCGCCGCCACCCCUAUCGUACGCUCACUGCCUGGAGGUGAUGGAUGGCUACCUGCGCGAGCCGCAUGCAACAAUCACCAUGUUCAGAGCCCUGUGGCACAGGGGUGAGGACAUCAGCAUCGCGGUGCGCGAGCUGGUACGGGGCUGGUACGAUGCGUGGCAGGCGGAGUUACAGGCCGCAGCCAUCAAGGCCGCCCGGCUGGCCUCAGGCCGGGACCUUGCACACGAGAUGUGGCGGCGGUGCAGCGGCGUGCUGUCUGACGGGGAGCUACGGGAGCUCUUGCUCGAGCUCUGGGGGCCCCAGGCCAUCGGGGCAGCCGCCGCCGUGUACGGCGGCUGGGGUGGCGGCGCCGCAGGCGCCGCCGCUCAGCACCUGCCCUCUCUGCCCGUCAGCGAUGUGGUGGUGGCGGCGGCACAUGACGACCUCGCCCUGUACGCCAGGAGUGCGGGCGUGGUCGAGGCGCUGGCGGCGGUGCACGAGUGCCGGCCGGCGGCGGCGGCGCUGGCGGCGGCGCUACGCGCGCUGAAGCUGCUGCGCAUUGUGCCGGGAGCUGUUCCGCCAGCCUCCUACCUUACCUCGGAAGCCGCAAGGCUGGCGAACGCGGGAGUGGCGGCGGCGCCGCCACCGCCACUUGUGGCAGCCGCCCUAGCGGCGGCCGGCGGCGGCUGCGACUUGGUGCGGCUGCGUGUGCCGCCGCCGGGCGACGAGGCCGUCAGCGCGGCCGCGCUGCUUAUGGGCAUGAGCGUGCACACGCUGUCCUUCACCCCGGAAAUCGUCUCAUCUGGCAAUCGCUUGAUGCUGCAGCCCGCGUUCGGCACAUGCACGGCUGAGUUGCGAGAGCCGCAGCCGCAACAGCAGGCGGCGGCAGCAGGCUCCGGCGGCAGCAGGGCAAAGGCAGCGCCGGCGGCCGGCGCCGUGAGCAGCAGUGGAGGUCGAGGUGGGGCUGGCGGCGGCGGCGGCAGCGCUGCGGGGCUGGUGGUGGAUGUGUGUCGGGCCUUCAGCCCGUCUUGGCCGCAGAGCGAUGCGGAGGCGUGUGCUUCCAAGUGGCCUUACCCGUGGCUGGCAGUGCGGGAGCUCGCAGUCGUACAAUGGAGCGACAGCACAUCGGUUCGGGAGAUGGUGGCAUUCCUGCGGCUGAACCUGAUUCAGCGGCACCUGGGCAUCUGCGCGGCGGGGGUGCAGGGCGUGGCGGCGCUGGCGCGAGUGCUGACCGCCGUGGCCAAGCUGCGGGAGGAGUUGAGGCCGGCUGGAGGCGCUGCGCCCACACGCGACGUGGCCGUUGGCAUCAACAAAGUCCUUGAGUAUGGCGAUGGCCCCCGCCUACCGCUGCCGGCGGCGGGCGCCGCCGAGUGCAGCAGCAGCGACAGUGGUGCAGGAGAGGGAGGUGCUGCGGCGGCUCAUUCAACGGUAUUGGAGGAUGAGCUGACGCUCUAUCAGCUUUUCGAUUAUCUGGUCACGCGGGCUCGUGAAGCGCAGCUUGUGAUGCCGCACCUCCGGCAGGAGCUCAAGUUGCCAGCCGGCCGGCCGGCAGCGGGCGGCGCAGGUGCAGGCGGCAAGAGCAAUGGCAGAGGCUCGUCGCAGCUGCACUCACAGCCACAGCUACAGCCGGAGCCGCUGACGGCGUCACUGGUGGAAGUGGUGACGCCGCCGUGUGGGGGAGGCGGCCACGACCAUGGCCACGGGCCCGCGGGGCGGGUGGGUCAGGCGGCUGAGACAGACGCGGAGCUGGCAGCGGCGGCGGUGAUCAGUCGCCUGAAGCUACGGGAAGCGCCAGUCGAGACGCCGCUGCUGCGUGACAGGAAGGGAGAGCACCGGAAGCUGCCGCACCACCACCUGAAGCUGGACGUGUGGUUUUACGAGGUGGCGCCGGGCCGCCCCUGGCAGCUGGUGCUGCCGCCGGCGGAGCGCGUGGCGGACUGGAACAAGAAGUUGGCGAUGAACCUGCUGACCAACAAGCGAUAGGGGCCCAUCUGCGGCGUGGGCGUUGCGCGUCAAUGCAAGUCCUGGAAUGUACGGUGCAACAACUACUGCAACAGCCGGGCCGCUUGCAUAAGCCCGACCAGGACCGAGCCACACGUGCCGAUGUGCGCAUAGCUACGCGCCGGCUUGGCGGAGCCGUGCUUACGCCGGUUUGGCGGAGCCGUGCGCCGGCUUACUUGGCGGAGCCUUGCAUUUGACAUGCUUACGUCCUGCUUGAAACAGAUGAGUAUGUGCUGUAUGUGUUGUGUUAUGCGGCGUGAAGAAACUGAGGAAUGGAAGGUUUAUAGAGCUAGCUGAAGGAAUUGGAUGGUAGAUGUUGGUUUUGCAGCAGGUUGUGCAUGCCGGCUACAGCCCAGGCCGGAUUGCAAACAUUCCCCAGGGCGCAGGUUACAGGGCACCCCCAAUGAAUGAAUUAUGGCCACUUACAAUCGCAGCAGGUUGGGCGGCAGGAUGCAGGGCACCCUGAUAGGAUGGGCUGCGGUAUGCGUUAUGUGUCGUGUAGGGAAGGACUGGGUAGGGGAAUCGUGUUGCGUUUCCCGAGCGAGUUGUGUUGUGUUUUCCUCGCAGGGCCCGGCGGCGGCGCAGGGCCUGGACCCAGCAGUUGCGGCGUGCAUGCGCGUAGCGGAGGGGGCGAGCAAGGCCACGUGGAGGAGAAGAGCGCGGCGCCGCCCAAGAAGCGGCGCCCGCGCGCAGGUUGUGGCCGGCCGGUGUCUGGUUGGCGGUCUUUGCUGGCGAGCUAGCACCGCACACCGUGUUUGUAGGCCGCAGCAGUGAGGAGUGUUGUGGCUAGAGGAUUUUCUGCUGGUUGUUUAAUUGCUGGCUGUGCUUUUGCUUGAGUGCUUGACAGCGGGAUGUGGCUAGACACAUUAUGGCGGGCCAGGGCGGGCUGUGCCUAUACAAACCGACCCCGGCUAUGUCCGGGAGAUGAGGUAGACGCAUGCGGCCUCAGACUAGAGACGUGGCGUGGGCGCAGCCCACUUUUCCAUUGCAGCCCAUCCACUUUUUGGGCUGAGCCCCCUGGUGACCGGGGAACACUUGUCCAUUGCGAGGAGAAACCAAAAAAUACUUGUCCUCGUGUAAGUAUUUUCGGGC